AAAAGAAGAAGAAGCAGAGAAGAAGACGCUUUUUCGGCUUCACCGAGGUUGUUUUUUGGAAGUGUGCAUUUUAUUUUUUACAGACUCAGUUCACAAUUUACAGUUAAAGUACAUUUCAUUCACUGUAAAGUUACAAUGGCGCAGUACAAAGGAGCAGCCAGCGAGGCGGGAAGAGCCAUGCAGCUGAGGAAGAAACGCGAAAGAGAGAGAGAGCAACUGGAGCAGUUAAAACAAAAAAUAGCAGAGGACAACAUUGUGAAAUCCAACAUUGAUAAAAAGUUCUCUGCUCAUUAUGAUGCUGUUGAACAAGAACUUAAAUCAAGCACUGUGGGAUUGGUGACUUUGAAUGACAUGAAAGCAAAGCAAGAAGCCCUUGUAAAAGAACGAGAAAAGCAGCUGGCCAAGAAGGAGCAAUCUAAGGAGCUACAACUAAAAUUAGAGAAGCAGAAAGAGAAAAAAAGAAAAGAGGAACAGAAGAGAAAAAUUGCUAGUUUGUCUUUCAAUCCUGAUGAAGAAGGGGAGGAAGAUGAGGAAAAAAAUGAAGAGGAUGAAGACGAUACCCCAGUUAAGAAAAAAAAGCUGGGGAAGAACCCUGAUGUUGACACCAGCUUUCUUCCAGAUAGGGAGAGAGAGGAGGAGGAAAAUCGUCUAAGGGAGGAGCUUAGACAAGAAUGGGAGCGGAAGCAAGAGAAAAUCAAGGGUGAAGAAAUUGAAAUCACUUUCAGUUAUUGGGAUGGAUCUGGACACCGGAAAACAGUCAAGAUGAAGAAGGGCAAUACUAUUCAGCAGUUUCUUCAAAGAGCCCUGGAGGUUCUGAGAAAAGACUUCAGUGAGUUGAGGUCUGCUGGAGUGGAGCAGCUCAUGUAUAUUAAGGAGGAUUUAAUCAUUCCUCAUCACCACAGCUUCUAUGACUUUAUUGUGACAAAAGCUAGAGGCAAAAGUGGACCGCUUUUCAGUUUUGAUGUUCAUGAUGAUAUCCGAUUGGUAAAUGAUGCUACGGUUGAGAAGGAUGAGUCUCAUGCAGGAAAAGUGGUUCUGAGGAGCUGGUAUGAAAAAAACAAACACAUAUUUCCUGCUAGCCGCUGGGAGCCUUAUGAUCCUGAAAAAAAAUGGGACAAAUACACUAUCCGAUGACGUGGCUCUUUGCAUCCAUGUUGUGUUCAGAUUUUAUGAUUUCUUUUUAAAAGGAUAUCAUUCAUUCAACACGUGAUUCUACAUCUGUAAUACUUAUGAAAUGUCCCUCUAUAUAGUCAAAAUUUUUCAUACACAGUGAAUAAACAUAAAUUUUAUGACAAAUAGGUCUCAAUAUGGGAGUACAGUUUAGAAAUAUCCUUUAGGCAUAAAUGGGGUGUCUUAAAUAAGAGAGAAAAUUUACUUUUUUUUGGUGUUAUAAUUUUUCAGCGUAUCUUUUCAGGUUAGUCUUGUAGUACCUACAUGCAUUCUUGUAUUUGCACAUCUUGUGAAUUAUGUUUUCUCGGACACAGAAUAUAAAUGUAAUUUUGCUCUAUUGUAAGAUUUAUUAAUGUGCCAGCAUAUCAGCCAGCGAAUAAAGUUGUAUUAAAUUUUUGAAAAGACAUUUGCUUUACUCAUGUUUGUAGAGUUGUGUUCCAGGCCAGCAUAAAUGUAUAUUUAGCUAAACAACAGAGCACAUGUUCAACAAGACUUGCUUGUAUAACAAGAAAUACCAGGACUGCCUUUUGCCUGAAGCUACCACUCCUCCAAACCCUGUUGUGUUCUGGAAGAACUCUCAUUGACAUUCUUUCUCUUUUAUUUUUCUACUGCCACAUUUCUGUACUUCUCAAACGUGUCUCACUCAGUCUUUUUAUUUUUUUCUUCUGAAACAAGUCUUAAACAAUCUGUCUUAAACGAUCAAGGAAAUUACGGAAUAAAAUGUGGCGAGACAAA